AUGCUAGUUACAAAAGCAGAAGAGUUCGCCAAGAAACUCGAUGUAGCAGACUUUAAGGCCUCUAACGGCUGGCUAGAAAAUUUCAAAUCCCGGCAAGGGAUUACGUUCAAAAGAGUCUGUGGAGAAGAAAAGUCAGUUGACACGCAGUCUGAUGAUAUGUCAGUCUGGCAAGAAAAACUGAAACUUCUUCUUACACGCUACCCCCCUCAAGACAUUUAUAAUGCUGAUGAAACCGGCAUAUUUUUCCGCCUGCUGCCUGACAAAACCCUUGAAUUCAAGGAUGUAGACUGUCAUGGCGGCAAGAAAAAUAAGGAAAGAUUAACCGCUAUGGUGUGUGCUAACAUGGACGGCACAGACAAACUGCCGUUCCUUGUGAUCGGAAAGUCUGCCAAUCCUCGCUGCUUCAAGAACGUCCAGUCCCUUCCCGUGAAGUACAACGCCAACAAGAAAGCCUGGAUGACCGGAGAUAUUUUCACUACUUGGGUCAAACAGCUCGACAAGAAGAUGAAGAAAAAGAAACGAAAGAUUGCCCUUGUCAUCGACAACUGCCCGGCCCACCCAAAGAUCCCCGCGCUGCAGUCCAUAGAGCUGAUAUUCCUGCCACCCAAUACAACCUCCAAGACCCAGCCAAUGGACCAGGGAAUAAUCCAGAAUCUGAAGGUCCACUACAGAAAGAGAGUUCUCCUACGCUACAUCGCCGCCAUCGAUAAAAAAGAGACUCCACACAUCUCCAUCCUUGAUGCACUUCAUAUGCUGAGCCAAGCUUGGGCAUGUGUCACUGUAAAGACCAUCUCCAACUGCUUCAAGCAUGCUGGAUUCGCCAACAGUACUACAGCAGUCGCCUAG